CCAGAGUAGCAGCACAGCUUUCGACAUAUCGAUAGGCAUUGCCUUGAAAUCGGAAUCUGUUCAUUAUAAUCAACAAUAAUGAGCGGCUCGCAGUUAUUCCCAGUGAGUCUAAGCAAUCUGAGUGCCAAAGAGCGACACGACUAUAUCCUCAGUAAUUACGUGCUCAACUCGCCGGCGGAGGCGGAAUCGCGUCGCCACAAGCGCGACAUCGAUGUAAUCCGGGAGAAUCACCGCUUCCUGUGGGAGGAUGACGAGUUGGACACCGACACCCUGAGCUGGGAGCAGCGCUUGGCUCUGCGAUACUACAGAAAGCUCUUUAAGGAGUACUGCAUCGCGGAUCUGUCCCGCUACAAGGAAAACAAGAUAGCGCUGCGCUGGAGAACAGAGCAGGAGGUGGUCACCGGAACCGGGCAGUUCCAGUGCGGGAGCCGGCAUUGCGAGGAGCGGGAUAAUCUGCGCAGCUGGGAAGUCAACUUUAAGUAUAUUGAAAAGGGGGUGCCCCUAAAUGCACUGGUCAAGGUACGGCUUUGUCCCACCCACACGGAUCAGCUGAACUACCGCACCAAGAAGCGGGAGUGCAAGAAGCAGCAACGCAGACAAAAAAAGGAGCUUCGCGCUGAGAAAAAACGUAAACGUCGAAAGCUUGAUGAUAAACAAAAAAGUUCUGGCGAAGAUGUAGAGGAGACUGUUGAACCAGCUUCCGAGUCCCAGCCAGAAGCCAGCAAAAAGGCUGCAGCCCCUAAAGAAGACACCACGGCAGACGAACAAAUCUGGCUACAACAACCUGAUCUUAGCCAGGCGCAGACCUCCAGAGAACAUGAGUUCGAGCGAUAUCUAGAGGAUCUCCUUUUUUAAAAUACAUAGCACAUUUAUUUGGAUUCAACGUA